AUGUCACAUAUGUGGGACACAUGUUUUCAUGAAAGCUCUGCAAAAUCUAUCAAUGGGAUUGUGCUUAUUUUGAUUUUGUUCAGCUCUCUCUCUCUCUCUCCCCUGUUCUUGGGAGAGAUUUCUUUUUUGUGUAAUAUUCUGUUAUCUUAUUUAAUCGUUUUUUUUUCUCUCUUUAUCUCUCUCUCUCAUCUCUUUUCAUUUUCUUUAUCUCUCUCUCUCAUCUCUUUUCAUUUUCUUUUUCUCUCUCUCAUCUCUUUUCACUUUCUUUUUCUCUCUCUCAUCUCUUUUCACUUUCUUUUUCUCUCUCUCAUCUCUUUUCACUUUCUUUUUCUCUCUCUCAUCUCUUUCUUUCUUUUUCUCUCUAUCAUCUCUGUCUCUCUCUAUCAUCUCUGUCUCUCUCUAUCAUCUCUCACUCUAUUUUCCAUGCUCUUUUCUCUGCACCUUGACUCAAAUCUCUGCCCAAGUACCUAUCUUUUUCUCACUCCAGUGUGUGCUCCUUGA